AUGACCACACGGUCAAUGAACAACAUUCACAAACCGAAACAGUUCAAUUGCGUGACCAAACAUCCUCUUCCAUCAACCAUUGAAGCUACUUGUGUGGGACAAGCACUUUGUGAACCUCACUGGAGACAAGCUAUGUCCGAAGAACUUACUGCACUGAUGCAUCAUGGAACAUGGGAAUUGGUUUCCCCACCUAAGAACGGUAAUCCUGUGGGGUGUAAAUGGAUGUUUAGGAUGAAAAGAAAAUCAGAUAGGUCAGUUGAUCGCUCUAAAGCGAGGCUUGUUGCAAAAGGGUUUAAUCAACGUGAAGGGAUAGACUACAAAGAACAUUUAGUCCGGCUGUAA